AUGAUAUUGAUAAUUUUCACCAAUAUUGCCUCUAACAUCUUGGAAUUUUGGAAAUGCGAACAGACAAUUGAAUACGUCUUUUUGAGUAUAUCUCUAAGUAUAGAUGUAUUUUUAAUUGCUUUGACUAUGAGGAAUUAAUAUCAAUACUUGAUCAGAUUGUUACUAAUUAUCCAAACAUCAAUAAUAUUUUCAAUAUUUAAAGAUCCUAAGUUUUUAGCGAUCAUGGCUCUCUACCAAUGCAUAAUGAGAUAAAUAAUAUAAGCUAAGAUAAUACUUUCAUAUUAAUUAGUUUUUUUUAUUUUGAUAGGAGUCCUGAGUACAAAACUCGAAGUAUUUGACAUCAUACGCACAACGAUGGUUACAUUUUUCUUUGUUGGAUAUUAGAUUCAAGUUUUCUUCAGAUAGUAGUAAAGCAAAGUGGUUGAGAAACAAACAGAACAAAUAACAAUAAAAAUGGAAACUGAAUAAAUUGUCAUUUAACAUUAGUAACCUUAACCUUCGUAAACCUAACGAUAAGGGAACAUACCAGAAAUAAUUCUAGAUGAUUUUCUGAGUGUGAUUCAAUCGAAUAAGAAGAUGAAUGAGAUUUUAACUUAUUUCAAUUAUGACGACCCUAAUAACCUAUUGCAAGAAAUUAAAAUAAUCAAUAUUGAUUCCGUAUCUGAAAGGAAACUGGGAAAAUGGAGAGAAGAUACCUUGAUGUCCUUAUUGAAAAAGAUUAUAAGCAGGAGAUCAGAGAUCCAGGUAUAGGUGUUGGAAUACAACCACUCAUUAUUCCAGAAAUAUUUAAUUUUGGUUCAUUACAAAAAUUAAUUUGAAAUUCAAUUCAUCCAAGUCAACGAAAGAGACACAUUUAUAAAGAAGAAAUACCUGAGUUAAAUUCUAUACUAGCUAUUCAAAACAUUCUCUCAUGAAUUCGGAACAUUGUUGAAUUAUCUGUUGGCAUUGUCUUAGGUGGCCAUAGAUAGAUUCCCAAAUUAAGUGGGGUUCUUCCAACCGAUAAAAUCAACAGGAUAGAUAAUGCAUCAUUUCGUAUAAGACAUGGUUGACUAUAGUGACAUUCUAAAUAAGAAAUUCUAAUUGUAAUUUGGACUUGUUGAUGUGGAAGACUUACUCUAAGAAGGUCUAAUCAUAACUUAUUAAAUUAUGCUGGAAGAGAAAGCUAAAUUCUUUGAUGGUCGAAGAUGUAAAUAAGUCUUGAGUAAUCUAAUUGCAAAUGCUCAGAAGUUUACUGUCUCAGGGGGAAUUAAGAUUACAGUGACUGAACAAUCUGGAUUCACAAUAUUUUCGGUUGAAGACAGUGGAUUCGGAAUGACCUAAGAGACUUUUGAUAAUCUAAAUUAAACUUUAGAAACCGAGUUUAAGUCAGAAUAAAAGAUUUCCUAACACACUGCUGGGUUUGGCUUGGGUUGUUAUCUAUCUCAAUAAAUUGCCUUGAAAUUAUCGAAUUUACCAGUAACAGCAGGUGGAGGUCUGAAGUAUGUAAGAUUAGAAAAAGGAAUCCGAGUUUCUUUUCGAGUGAAGAAUUAGCCUUUCGAAAUAUUUUACACAAGUUGUGAUAUAUCAUCAGCAAAGUCAGGGAUAUUGUUUAAUGAAAAUGGGUAUUUCGACUCUCGUCAAUCAGUAAUAGACUUACAACUUACGAAUAGACAUAAACCUGCUGACAAUCAUCUACUUUUGACAUUGACUAAAAAAUCAAGUUUAUUAUCAGCUUCGUUCUCGCCAAAUUAAAUUAUUGAUUGUGUUGAACCAGAAUUGAAAUAGGAUAAUGAAAUUAUUGAGAGAAUAAGACAACGCAUUAUCACUAGAAAAAGGGAAGGGUAAAAAUAGUCACCUACUUUUGGGGCUUCUGUUGCUGACAUAGCUAGUGUUAAAACGAUUAGGGAGUAACCUCAUAUCUUAAUUGUUGAUGAUGAGAUGAUCAAUAUUAUUAGUUUGAAGAUCUUACUUAGUCAGUUCAAUAUCAAAUGCACUUCUGCUUUCAAUGGAUUAGAAGCAGUAAACAAAAUAAAAGAAUCUAAUGAGAAAUUUAAUGUUAUUUUUAUGGAUGUUAAUAUGCCUAUCAUGGAUGGGUUCUAGGCCACAGAACAGAUUCUAAAAUUUGACAAUGAUAAUACCAUUGUUGCAUGCACUGCAUUCAGCGACGUAGAAACGAAAACUAAGUGUUAUUCUGUGGGAAUGAAAUACUAUAUCAACAAACCUGUUACAAUGUUUGAACUCUUGAAAUUGUUGAAUCACUUGAAUUUAAUUAUAUAAUGA